GCGUCAUCAUAAUAUCAUUAUUAUUAUUAAUAAUAGACCAUCUUAGUGUCUGAGAGAGGAUUAUUGGCCUGCUUCAGCUCUGAGCAGCGCGGGAGUGAUUAUAAGAGCAGCGAGAGUCCGGAUCCACAGCUCAGAGGAACACGCCGGUGCUGAAGGGAGUCCAGCUGUGGGGAGCUAUGACCGGAGCGAAUGAGUUUAAGCUGGCGCAGGGCCCGGAGGACAGCGUCUCAGCAGUGAAGUUCAGCCCGUCCUCCGCUCAGUUCCUGCUGGUGUCCUCUUGGGACGGCUCCGUGCGGCUCUACGACGCCAGCGCCAACAGCAUGAGGAUGAAGUACCAGCACCUGGCGCCCGUGCUGGACUGCGCUUUCUCUGACCCGACCCAUGCGUGGAGCGGUGGUCUGGACAGUCAGCUGAAGACUCAUGACCUAAACACAGAUCAGGACACUAUCGUGGGCACGCACGACGCCCCGAUCCGCUGUGUGGAGUUCUGCCCGGAGGUCAAUGUUCUGGUGACGGGCAGCUGGGAUCAGUCGGUGCGGCUCUGGGACCCGCGCACACCCUGCAACGCCGGCACAUUCACACAGCCUGAGAAGGUGUACACUCUCUCCGUGGCGGGGGAUCGUCUGAUCGUGGGGACGGCGGGUCGGCGUGUGCUGGUGUGGGAUCUGAGGAACAUGGGGUACGUGCAGCAGCGCCGUGAGUCCAGCCUCAAGUACCAGACGCGCUGCAUACGGGCCUUCCCCAACAAACAGGGCUACGUGCUGAGCUCCAUCGAGGGCCGUGUGGCUGUGGAGUAUCUGGACCCCAGUCUGGAGGUGCAGAAGAAGAAAUACGCCUUCAAGUGCCACAGACUGAAGGAGAACGGCAUCGAGCAGGUGUAUCCGGUCAACGCCAUCUCCUUCCACAGCGUACACAACACCUUCGCCACCGGUGGUUCAGACGGUUUCGUCAACAUCUGGGACCCGUUCAAUAAGAAGCGGCUGUGUCAGUUCCACCGGUACCCCAGCAGCAUCGCCUCUCUGUCCUUCAGCACGGACGGCUCUCUGCUGGCCAUCGCCUCCUCAUACAUGCAGGAGCUGGGGGACGUCUCACACCCCGCUGACGCUGUGUUCAUCCGCCAGGUCACCGACGCAGAGACCAAGCCCAAAUCCACGUGAUUGGCUGAGCUGCAGUGAUUACCCCUGAACACACACCUCCUCCACCACUCUGUCUGUCUAAUAUAUGUGUGCAUGCGCGCGCGUGUGUGUGUGUUCUGUUCUCCAGUGUGUUUUUAUGUU